CAAGCUGGUGCGCGUUCACGCGCUUGGCUCGAGGACGCAGCAGCUAAAGCUAAACGGGCAGCAGGCUACCAGGCCUUUAACGUUCACGGAAUCAGCCGUCGGUCAUUUUGUUCAGGCGGACCUCCGACCGGCAGGGAUUAGAAACGUGCGAGAUCAUAUGUGUUUGACGGGGGGAAGAAAAGCACAAAAUGGUUCGGGAAACCAGACACCUUUGGGUGGGAAAUUUACCCGAACAUGUUCGAGAGGAGAAAAUUGUGGAGCAUUUUAAACGGUACGGCCGUGUGGAGAGUGUUAAAGUUCUGCGAAAGCGUGGGUCAGAGGGGGGGGUUGCAGCCUUUGUGGAUUUUGUGGAUAUCAAAAGUGCACAGAAGGCUCACAAUGCUGUCAACAAGAUGGGAGACAGAGACCUUCGGACUGACUACAAUGAGCCAGGGUCAGUCCCUAGUGCUGUCCGAGGUCUUGAAGACAGCUCCCCUUCAAGCAGUCGAGACGUUACGGGAUUCUCUAGGGGAACAGUUGGUCCAGUGUUUGGCCCACCUGUUUCCCUUCACACCAGAGAGGGACGUUAUGAACGGAGAAUAGAUGGUAGCUCUGAAAGCCGUGAGCGUGCAUACGAUCACAGCCCAUAUGGACACCAUGACCGCAGUGGAACUUUCGACCGGCAGCGUCACUACAAUGCUGAUUAUUACCGUGACCGUGCUGUGUUUGCCACUACGGGCCCUGGGAGCAGUGCUAUUGGAGCAAACUUUGAUGCAGCCGACCCACAUUUUGAUGCCAGAAUACGAGACCCAUUCACUCUUACUAAUUCAACACGACGUGACUUGUAUAGGGAUGAGAGAGGGCGACGUGUUGAUCGGACCUAUCAUCACCGUCGAAGUCGAUCCUCUCAUUCUUCACAAUCAAGGCACCCUUCCCCUCAACGGACCACGGGACAAACGCCCAAAACGCCUCAUUCCCCUAAAAGAACCCCCCUGUCCCCUGGGAGAGGGCCAAGAUCGCGAUCUCACAGCAGAUCUUCAAGUUCUGACUCUGUAAGCAGCACCAGCAGCACAGGCAGUGGCAGCGACUCCAACAGCAGCUCAAGUGAUGGAUCCCGGGCACGGUCUGUUCAGUCAUCAGCUGCACAUGCACCUCCCACUUCUUCUAUGGUGCUUGAUUCUGAGGAGCCUCGUAGAAGCUUUGGAAUAAAAGUGCAAAACCUACCAGUGCGCUCAACAGAUACUAGCCUAAAAGAUGGACUAUUCCACGAGUUCAAAAAACAUGGAAAGGUGACCUCAGUGCAGAUUCAUGGAGCAUCGGAGGACCGCUAUGGUUUGGUGUUCUUCAGACAGCAAGAGGAUCAGGAAAAAGCCCUCAGUGUCUCCAAAGGAAAGCUGUUCUUCGGCAUGCUUAUUGAGGUCACUGCUUGGAACGGUCCCGAAACGGAAAGCGAAAAUGAAUUCAGGCCAUUGGACGGGCGCAUAGACGAGUUCCACCCAAAGGCCACAAGAACACUGUUUAUAGGGAACCUCGAAAAAACCACCAGUUAUCAGCAACUUCUUGAUAUUUUUCAACGGUUUGGAGAGAUUGUGGACAUUGACAUAAAGAAGGUAAAUGGAGUUCCCCAGUAUGCCUUCGUUCAAUACUCUGAUAUUGCUAGUGUUUGUAAGGCCAUAAAGAAGAUGGAUGGAGAGUAUCUGGGGAGCAACAGACUAAAGCUCGGUUUUGGGAAAAGUAUGCCAACAACCUGUGUCUGGCUUGACGGUUUGGCUGCCAACAUAACGGAGCAAUACCUGACUCGGCAUUUCUGUCGUUAUGGUCAUGUUGUCAAAGUUGUCUUUGAUCGACUAAAAGGGAUGGCCCUCAUCUUGUACAACAACACAGACUUUGCUCAGGCAGCUGUGAGAGAGACCAAAGGCUGGAAAAUUGGUGGCAAUAAGAUCAAGGUGGAUUUUGCAAGUCAAGAAAGUCAGAUGGCAUUCUACCGCUCUAUGCAGGCAUCUGGUCAAGACAUUAGAGACUUCUAUGAAAUACCACCUGAGCGACGAGAGGAUCGUAGAACUCCCUAUCAUGAUUUUACAGCAGAGAGAGCUUACUAUGAGAAUAUAAGAACCCCUGGUCUUUAUCCAGAAGAAGCUCGAAGAGAAUAUGCUGCACGCAGCAGAGAACGUUUUCCUGAGCUGGAACAUUAUCAAGGGGAUCACUUUGACCCACGAUACCAUGAAGAUCCAAGAGACUAUAGGGAUUACAGAGACCCUUUCGAGCAAGACAUCAGGAAAUACACCUAUAUACAAAGGGAGCGAGAAAGGGAACGGGAACGAUUUGAAGCUGAUCGUAGCAGGUGGAGCCCAUCUCAUCCACGGCGCCCCAUUACUCCCGCAGUAUCACCCUCACCAUCUGAGCGUGUUCCGAGAGAAGCAGAACGAAGAGUCUACAGCCAGUCCUCUGAGAGAAGUGGUAGUGUGAGCUCUGUUUCACCGCCACAUUUUGACAAAUCUGAAAAAACUCAGCUGGAGCAUGUCUCAAAGAGUGAAAAGAGCAGUCAACCAGAUCGCGCAGCAGGAGCUGAGAAAACCAAACGGGCAAAGCGAAAAGAUAAAGCUGACAAAGAUAAAACGGACAAAACAAAAUCAAGGAAAGCAAAGGGCCAGUCCCCACCCAACCCACAAACUGAAACAGAAGUUGAAGCUGGUUUAGAUGGAGGGUCUGAAAGAGGCAGGGGUUCAGACCAAGAUGCUCAUGAGAGACAGAAGUCUAAAGGAGAUGUUGAUCCUCCUUCUGUAAAUCCAUCAUCAGUUUCUGUUCAGGACUCUGUAAAAGGCGAAAGAUCUGAACCAACUAAAGGUGAAAAUUCAGAGUUGGAUGGGAGAACUCGACUCAAAAAACAUCCAAAGCCUGAUCCUGGAAAUGAUGGUAAAGAUACAUUGGUGGAGUCAGAUCGCCUUGCUGCAAGAAAGCGACGUUUUGCCGAUGGAGGACGGACUGUUCGUCAAAAGAGAGGCAAGCAUGACGAGGACGAUAGUAAUCAAUCUGCUGAAUUUGGGGCCAAUUCUGUUUAUGUGAAGGAAUCGGAGAUGGACAAACACAAAGAUUCACAGCGUAGAGAUGCAAGACCUAAAACUGACAAAAGUGCCACUCAAAAAAAUGGCCAAGAAGACCUUCGAGGACAAAAAGAGAAACCAGAGGGAUCUAUGGAGCUGCCUGAGUCCAAGCGACAUCUCGGGAGUACUUCAUCCAGAAGGUAUUCGCAAGAUGGAAAUGUAGAUCAAAGCACUGUAAGAGAACAAGAUCACCAUACUGUGCCCAACCUUAGUCAGAAUUCUGAAACUAAUAAAAGUGCCAAGAACAAGGAUGACCAUGUUGACAUUGACCUCUCUCAGAGUUACCGUAAGCAGAUGGAGCAAAAUAGACGUUUACACCAGCAACAGCAGCAGCGCGAGUCUGACAAACACGACAAACCAGGGAGUCCCCAAAAAGGUGAAGCGGAAGACUUGGAACACCGUAGUCUUGUGCAUGAAGUUGGAAAACCACCUGAAGAUGUCACUGAUAAUUUCCCAUCUUACAAACUAAAAAAGAUAGACCAGAUUGACAAUGAAUCUGGGACAAAGAGAGAGCGUGUCUAUAGAAGCUUUAGACAAAAAAGUGAGGAUCCUGAAUGGAAUAACACUCCCUCUCCAGGACAUCUGCUCAUUGCUCACCAUGUGGAUGAGGAUUUUGUUGAUGCUUCUCAGAAAGAAUUGGGCAAAAAUGAUGAGAAAAUCCACCCAGAACUGGAGCUGUUGGUUAAAAGGACACACAACACGCAUGUUAACAAGACAAACACUCAUUUACUUAGUGUGGAAGAAGAACAGCAAAAGAGAUGGGAGAGCAGAGUUAAGCCAGAGUUGUUACCCAACCAUAACUUUUCUAGAAGUUUAGGAAAAAACGUUCAUAAUCGCAAACGUUUGGAGUAUGGCAUUUGGCAAGACUUGGAGCCUGGGGAGGUCCGAUCAGACUCGGAAGAGGACAGAGAGAUCAAACCGCACUCUCCUGUGCCCUCCACAUCCAUGCCUUACUCUGAAAGACCGAGGGCUGAAAGGUUUUCAGACCCCAAACUAGCGCAACUUGAGAGGAACAAAUUCUACUCCUUUGCUCUUGACCAGACAAUUACACCUGAUACAAAGGCUCUGCUAGAGCGGGCAAAAUCUCUCUCAUCUUCCCGAGAAGACAACUGGUCAUUUUUAGAUUAUGAUUCUCACUUUGCAAGUCUCCGCAAUAGGAAGGACACAGAAAAAGUAGAAUCAACACCAAGACCUACACCACCUUGGUACUUAAAAAAGAAAAAAAUACGAAGUGGAUCAGAAGACAAACUUGAUGAAAGGAAAGAAGAGCCUAAACCACAGGAGCAUGAACGCAGGGAAUUAUUUGCCUCGCGCUUCCUUCACAGUGCCGUCUUUGAACUAGAUUCUAGACGACUGCAGCACCUGGAACGUAAACAUGAAGAACUUGAGCAUAUGCAAAACCAGCAACUUGGUCAGCAUGGGGUAGAUGGUGAACUUGAAACCGGACCAGUUGUCCUUUUCCAUAGCCGCUUUUUGGAGCUCACACAACUACAGCAACAGAAGAGUAAGACACAACAUCUGCAAGAAACAAAAGAAGAUCCCGCAAUCAGAGAUGAGAAUAAAGAAGAAAAGUCAGAUGAUCAAGAGAAACAGGUUCUGCAGUCCCAUGACACAACAGAAGCUGUAGCGGAGACGGAAAUUAAACCCAUCAGUCCUGCUGAAGAAGUUUUUUCUGAAUCCAAACUCUCACCAACUCCUGUCAAUCAGUCAGUGGUCAAGGAUUUUCCUAUGUCAGAUGAGAAAAGUGUUUUGGUAAAUCCAGCUGUUGCUGAAUGUCCCCCUGUGUCUUUGAUACAGGACGAGGUAAAAGAAAGCGAACUCGUAUCCAUUCAUCACCUUCCGGCAGAGACACAAUGCGAUUCUGAACCCACAGAAGUAGCUGAACCUAACUAUUCACUGACUAAAUUUUCUCCAUCUGAAGAGAAACAGGAACCUGUCCCAGAGACUAUAAUUUCCCAAUUCACCGAACAAAUAUCUAGCCAUGACUCUCAGGAAGAGUUUGCAACCAGUUCAGAACCAGUGCUGGAUCUUGAAGCCAUAAAAUCAGAAGUUUCAGUAGAUAUUAGUCCAAUUACACCUAAUAUUGUUGAGGGUGUGGAAACUGUAAAAAAGGAGAUCCAUUCCACUUGUAAAAUGGCAGCAGAGCCAGAAGAAGAGGAUAAACUCCAAGAAGAGCAGAUGGCUGUUGAUAGUGACACUAAUGAAGAGCAAGUCCCCCACCCAAAAAAGAGUGAAGCAAAAGAAAUUAAAACUAAAAAGGGUAAACAAGCCCCUGCUCCACUUGCUCCAGCUCCUAUUACUUCCCUCUCUGUUUCCGAGAAGCAAGCUACACGCAAGAGUGAGCGCAUUGAUAAAGAGAAGCUGAAACGUGGCUCAUCCCCAAGAGCUGAGUCGAAGUCCACAAGUAAGUCUCCUAUUCAUGGAUCAGAUCCUGAUGGCUUAGAGCAAAGUAUACCUUUAGGCAGAGCUAGAAGAAGAAAUGUUAAAUCUGUUUAUGCCACCCCAGUUGAAGAUGAAGCACCAGUUCGUGCUGGAAAAGAAGUACCUGAGUCACCUCGCUCUGCAAGAAAGAGAGGUACGGACAAAGAAGCAGUGCAGCCAAGUAGUGAAUUAGAGCCACCUGCUCCAGCACCUGUGACAAAACGAGGCCGACCCCCCAAGAACCGUCGACAAGGUGAAGAGAGUUCAUCUGUAAAAGUAGAUAAAGCCAAACUAGACAAAGAUACUGAUCUCAGUGAUUUAGUAAGUGGUGAACGAAUUCCAAGAAUCUCUAAAGGGAAAACAUCCCCCCACUCCAUAAAGAGUUCAUCAAAUCAAGUUUCUUCAGCCCAUGGAUCAGCAUCAACUAGAAAAGGGGACAAAACUGAGGCUGCUGAGGAGGAUCUAGAGAUGGAUCUUGCAGAUCCAGAUACUUUGGCUGGGGUGGAUCCAUCAAGUUCAGGGAAAGAUCCAUUGGUUAAAACUGAGCUAAAGAAAGACGAAAAAGAUAAAGAUGAUCUCCAUGAAAAAACUGCUGAAGGUAAAUCGAAUGGAGAAGAAACAGAUUCCCUGGUUGUCGAAGAGAAAGAUAGGAUAGCUAGAGGAAAACUCAAGUCCGUAAGGAUGCCAAAGUCUCCUGUCCUCAAAAAUCUGAAAAUCAGGCUAAAUGUCACAGAGGUUAAAGACCAUCUCCAGUUAGGAGAAGAGCUUGGGAGUCAAGAUGACGCUACAAAAAAGAUUAAAUCUGGAGAUAUGAAUGAUUUAGUUUCAAAGUGUUCUAAUGUUAACAAAGGAGCUCUUGAUGAAGAAAAAGAAAAGGAAAUUGAAACCACAAAAAGUUCAUUUUCCCAGGAGCGCGAGUUAGAGCAGGCAGUAGAGAACAUAGCCAAACUUACUGAUCCCAGUUUUCCAACAGUACCCCCAACUCUACCUGCAGAGACAAAAAGUGACACAGAAGAAGAAAAGCCGUCUAAUCCUGCCAGUGAAACAGAACUUAUGGCUGCUAUUGACUCAAUAACUGCAGAGGAUGUGGGUGCAUCUCUUACCCAAGCACCUCCACUAAGUACCGAUAUGGGUUCUGAGCCUGAGAUGCCAGAUUUUGUUCAGUCUGUCAAGAAAGAGGAACAACAGGCAACUACAUCCGCCCUACUGGAGAAAUCUGACUUUUUGAAUACACCCAAAAAGGGUACGAAGGGAAGACCAAAAACCCCUAAACGUUGUAAGGCCCAAAAGCAAGUGAGAAAGGAUUUGAAGGAAGGGCAAGCGUUAGGCGAGGAACCAACAUUGCCCUUAGUUGACAGCACACCCUCAGAUGUCAAAGAUGUAAAGAUUGUGUCUGAUACACCUCUAUCAUCAGCAGUUGCUGCAGUAAUUACUCCCACUUCUUGGAAGCCAGAGUCUGAGCUGUCAGCUGCUAAGAUUCCAGAUGUAAACACAGACACAGCAUCAUCUUCGGAAGAGCAAAUGCAACCUCUUAAAUCUGUGUAUCCAAAGUCAAAGAGUCCAAUAUGCCCAAAGCCUCAACAGUUGCCACUUGACUGCAUCUCUCCAUCUCUGUCUCCUCGAGCAAACAGACCAACUAUCAGACCUAUUCAACCUGGUAGAGUUGCUGUAUCUCCACCAGACUGGCGGCAUCAGCCCAAAGAUGCAGUUGUUUCCUCUUCCCCCGUCAUGCCAUUAGCAGCAAAGGAAAGCAAACCUUUACCCUCUGACUCUGAAAAUAUGGAUGUUGAACAUGGCAGUAGUGAUUUAAGACAGAUUCUUAUGAAACCUAAAAGUAUUUCACUGGCAGGUAGUAGUUCUGUUGUUGGUAAUCUGCCCAGCCUUCGAGACCAGAACCCAUCUGAAAGUAACGCCUUAGUCACCGCCGUUGUGAAAAGCAAAUCACCACCAUCAGACAGUAAAAUGCAGACUAAUCCAGUCCCACCUGUUGUUCGACCUCCAGCCUCAUUGACAUCCCCCGAGACAAAGUCUGUGAUUUCUGUUAUAGCAUCGACAGCCACCUCUGUUAUCAGUCGUGUUGUUAACCCCCCAGAGCCCGAGGAAAAAGUGAACGUCAACCUUGGAAAUCCUUGUGUGGACAUGACUAUACCAAAACCAACGUAUAGACCUGGUAAAGAUGAUGCUGGAUCAUAUCAUGGCUCCUCUGUGGCAGAUGAAGGGGGUGCUUCUACACGCUUCAUUGUUGAGACUCCCACUGUUGGGUCCGGGUCUUGCUCUGGUCUGAGAGUAAAUACAUCGGAAGGAGUAGUAGUGUUGAGUCACUCAGGCCAGAAAACGGAGGGACCUCAAAGGAUUAGCGCCAAGAUAAGUCAAAUCCCACAAGCAACAGCAGGUGACAUGGAAUCUCAACAGUUGGUUUCCAUGCCCCAGACUAAACAGGAAAUGUAUGGUCAUUCUCAGUCCGGACUUCAAAAGGGGCCUCCAUCGCAGGGCGAUCAUGGUCAUCCUGGUAAGCCACAGUCAGCUCUAGCCACUAUCAAACAAGAAAGCAGUGGUUUGGAAAAAAUGGAUUACCAGUCUGGACCUCAAGGAGUGGUAAAGCGCCUCACCCAGGGUAAUCAGCCAGUAAUGGGUUAUCAUCAAGAUUAUAUGCAAUUAAAACAAAAGAAGCUGGAUAGUUCUGAUUCUCAUGGCUCGGAUGGGACUAAAGCGUCUUGGACUUCUGCUGUUAGUCCCGCAAUUAGUCCUCAUUUGCCCUCUCCACCUGGAAACCAUGUAGGCUUUGUAACAUCGGCAGGUGACAGAGCCCCUUCGCACCUCAGUGGAAUCAAACAGGAACCACGAUCCCCACGCAAGUCAGGUCAUCCACACUCUCCAUUUACUAAGGUGCCCUCGCCCAUAGGCUCCUCAUCCCCAAAGGGGAUUCCUGUCAUGCUACCAACUGGCCAUCCUGCUAUGCAACAAUAUAUUACUAGUGUUCACCACCCAGAACAAUCUGUUAUCAUGCCACCUCAUAGUGUGCCUGGAGGCUUGGGACGGAUGUCUCCUCACUGUGUUACCCAGUCGAUUCCAGUGGGACAUCUCGUUCAAGGAGACGUUAGAGUUAAUACUCCACCUCUUUCAGUGAUGACUUAUGGGAUGCACAGUGAGCCUCUCACCUCUCCCUGGUCUAGUUCAAUUCAGCCACAGCCUUCCUCACCCCAGGCUGUUGGCAGAGAGAAGGUUCUCAAAGUUAACCCUAGUUCUUUAAGGAGUCAUGAGGGUGAACAGGAAGAAUCCAGACACUUCCAUCAAACAGGAAGACCACCUGCCGCUCUGCAGCCGGAUCCUCGUGGGCCUUUGAGGAGUGUUCCAUUGGAAACUUACAUGCAACAGAGGGAUAUGCGUGUUCUCAUGCAUCAUCAGGCGGGGACCACCGACCCGCACUCUGGACACAUUCAGGAAAGUCUGCCCCCCUCUAUAUCUCCACAUAUUUUGUCAAAAGGUGUGUCUGAGAAGGAUAUUACAAAGUCACUAGAAGCAAAAAGGCCUCAUUCUCCUCUUCCUAAGGAUGGAAUAAUGGGAAUAAGACAAUCUGGAGCAGCAAUGGCGUCUCCUCAGCGAGGUCAGAUAGUGCCACAAGGACCUAGUGGGUCAUUCUCAGAGUACUCGGGAAUGUACUCAAACCCAAGAGGUAUUCAUUCUCAAGUACCAGAGGCUUCAGUUGGACACAACCAACCACCAUUGAAUGUCGCUCAAAGUAUGGGUGCAGACCUCCAGGCUAAACCAGAUGCCAAGAUGACGCAGCCUGUUAAUAUGGUGCAGUUGCUCACAAAAUACCCUAUUGUGUGGCAAGGUCUUCUGGCACUGAAGAAUGACACAGCUGCAGUCCAGUUGCAUUUUGUCUGUGGCAACAAAGCUCUGGCUCAUCGAUCCCUGCCACUACAGGAAGGGGGUGCACUGCUGAGGAUUGUCCAGAGAAUGAGACUGGAGGCUUCCCAGUUAGAGAGUGUCGCAAGAAGAAUGACGGGUGACAGUGAUUUCUGCCUCCUCCUUGCUCUGCCCUGUGGACGUGAUCAAGAUGAUGUCCUAAACCAAACUCAAGCUCUUAAGGCUGCAUUCAUCAACUACUUGCAGACAAAGUUGGCAGCUGGUAUCAUCAACAUCCCCAAUCCAGGUUCCAAUCAGAUCUUCCCGCCCUGCGAGUUUUCUGAGAGCCACUUGUCGCAGCUUGCUCCCGACCUUCUGAACAGGAUCUCCAGCAUCUCGCCACACCUCAUGAUUGUCAUCACCUCUGUGUAA